UACUUUUAUUUUUCUCCUGGUCGACUUCCCAAUGCGAGCGAUCCUCGGUCAAAAAAAAAAAAAAAAAAAAAAAAUGAUCCCAUUCUCCAAUCCGAGCGACCCCAUCAAUUCCACAAUUCCAGUCGCCUCCAUCGAUCGAUUCGCCGAGGGGAGGAAGCAUCUAGGAGGAGGGAGGAGGGAGAUCGACGGGCAGAGUUUUUCUCCUUGGCAGGCUACUGCUUGCAGGUCCACGACCCGAUGUUCCUAGCGACGGCCGGAGCUUCUAGCUGAGGAAGGGAUCGGGGUCCUAGCGCGCUCAGGCGGAGUUGCGUCGGCCGGAGGAGAGGCGCGAUGCGGUUGUCGGAGCAGAGCAUCUGAGCACGCAGGCAGCGGAAAGGAGAUGCAAAGAGGCUGGUCGCGGUGUCGGCGGGAAGGAGAGUCACGGUACCAGUUGGGGAGGAGGACGGAGUAGAGGAGCGAGGCGGCGUUGGGAGAAGAGGUCGUGGUGGGCGGCCAGAGGAGACACACGAUGCGGUACUCGGAGCAGAGUAUCUGAGCAUGGAGGCAGCGGAAAGGAGAUGCAAAGAGACAGGUCGCGGUGCCGGCAGGGAGGAGAAGUCGCGGUACCAGUUGGGGAGGAGGACGGAGUAGAGGAGCGAGGCGGCGUUGGGAGAAGAGGUCGUGGUGGGCGGCCGGAGGAGAGGCGCGAUGCGGUAGUCAGAGCAGAGCGUCUGAGCAUGCAGGCAGCGGAAAGGAGAUGCAAAGAGGCUGGUCGCGGUGCAGGUGGGGAGGAGAGGUCGCGGUACCAGUUGGGGAGGAGGACGGAGUAGAGGAGCGAGACGUCGUUGGGAGAAGAGGUCGUGGUGGGCGGCCGGAGAAGAGGCGCGAUGCGGUAGUCGGAGCAGAGCAUCUGAGCAUGCAGGCAUCGAAAAGGAGAUGCAAAGAGGCUGGUCGUGGUGCCGGCGGGGAGGAGAGGUCGUGGUACUAGUUGGGGAGGAGGACGGAGUAGAGGAGCGAGGCGGCGCUGGGAGAAGAGGUCGUGGUGGGCGGCCGGAGGAGAGGAACAAGGCGUCGUGGUCUCGGCGUGGAGGCAAUGGCUACUCAGGUUCUGCAGAGAUGCUGGUGGUCGAGGCGGACAGCGUCCAGACAGCCAGCGGCAGUGGUGCUUCCUCCUAUGCCGCUGAAACGGAGACGCAUGAGGCCCACGAAAUCGGUUGCUUGGACGUUGAUGGCGCUCAUGGCAAUGGUGGUGGACUCAAUGGGGAAGAGGAUGGGCUCUACCAGCUCUCUAUGGUUGGGGCAGAGGUGCCAAUUCUUUGAUUUUUUUAAUCCAGGAGAUAUAAAUCAUGGGCAGCUUGAUAUUGUUUUUCAGUGAGGAGGUAUAAAUUACAAACUUCCAUUAUUAUCUGCAAUACAUGAUUUGUCCAGUUUAUGGAAUGUAGGCACAUUCUGUAAAUCCAUCUGUCGUAACCUGUACUUGGAUUCAUCACAAUUAUAGCAUGACUUAUUUUAUGAUCAA